GCAACCCCGUGACUUGCGACCAACGGUAGCGAGGCAUUUUAAACUGUAGUUUAACUGGUUUAAACUGGUUUAUACUGGUUUUAAACUGAUUUAUACUACCAAGGUUUCACUCGCAGACAUCACGAUAACCGCGACAUGUCUCGAGUUCAAGCUGAAAGCGUCAUUAAAACUAUAAUACGUGAGAUCGCGCAGCAGUGUGCGAGUAAAGGACAGUCGGUGUCGGAAACGCUCGCUGCGUUCAUGGUGAAAUGUGUCGUAUUGGACCCCAGGAAUCAUUUUAACGUCGACAGGACACUUACCAAGCAAGAUAUCCAGAAACUCAUCGAGCUGUGUGUAGACAGGCUACUGGACCAGAGCAGCCCUGCACUGGACACCAUCAAAAUGCAGAUUUACUUUGACAUGAAUUACACCACGCGACGCGAGUUCGCGGAGGAACACCAGAGGGCGCGGAAGACGCGUCUGCAGACCGCCUGCCGCGAGGUCACGGACAGCAGAGCCAAGACCCGCGAGGACCUGGUGGAGCUCUACCGAAAAGUGGUCGGUUACGUCCUGCUGCACUCCGGCGUCGGAGCCGCCUCCAACAUCCGUAACGUCCGGGAGGCCACGGCUGCGCUGCAGAGUGUGUUCCCACAGUCAGACUUGGCCUCCUUCAUGUCUCUGCCAAAACAGAACAAAGAGCAGCAGCUAAACAAACUCAGCGCCGUCGUCACCGGAAUCCGUCUCUUCAACAAGGACGGCGAACACGGGGGACAGGACAUAGACGACCUGCCUGGCGUGCUGAACGACGCUCUGCCCACCAUCAGCAGAGACAUAGAGGCAGAGCUGAAAGGGACCCAGCAGUUAGCCUGGCAGUACACCGCCCUGCUGGAGAGCCUGUCCGGACCCGACGCCGACCGCGCGGUUCGCCCCGACCUGCUCAGAGAGGCUCUGUACAACGUGCGGCAACAUGAAGCCUUCCUCAAACUCCUACUGGCUGACGUCACCCUGUGCGCGACUCAGGUGGAGGCUUUACAGACAGCGCUCGCGGCGAGGAUGAGGCUGCUGAAGACCACCGUCCACUCCAAGUCUGCCGUGCCAACCUCCCAAGUGUUCCCUCAUUUCACGGUGCUGGCCAAUCUGUGGGCGGAGCUACAGGAAGAGCUGCUGCUACUGAGCAUGCUCAGUGGCCUGGCUUCGAGCCUGAGGCCUUUCCUAUCAGCCCAGCCCAGCGAGCUCGAGCGGCUUCUGCAGGGGGUCGUGGUCAAAACGGAUCUGGAACGAGCUGAGGAGAGCGCAGGGGAGCGGGUCGAUCCGGACGAGAUGAAGUCCUGCGAGUGGCUUCUGCCCGAGACCACGGCGAACUUCGACAAGCUCCCCCUGCAGUACAGGGGCAUGUGCGGACACGCACUCAUAGCAAGAGACGGCACGCUGCUGCCAGGUAACCCCCGUAUCGGCGUCCUAAAACACAAGGAGAAGUUCUACUGCUUCUCUUCCAAACAGGCCGCCCUCCAGUUCGCCUCGGCAGCCGACGAGUGCGUGGAGCUGGUGGCCGAGCAGGUGACGAGAUCUCCCGAGUUGAUCCAGCUCCUCCGAAUGCACCGGCACUUUUCAAGUGUCUCGACGUACGCUCAGAUGCAGUCCGGCGAGACUCUGCUGGUGAAGCCCAUCUCCAGAAGCGACAGUAGCACGCAGACGGACACGCACCUCCUGGAGUGCAACGUGGUGAAGUCGUACGAGUGGAACGAGUGGGAGCUACGCAGGCAGGCCAUCAGACUGGCGAACCUACGCAGGAAAGUGACCCGUUCGAUGCAGACGGACCUGAGCCACAUGAGGAGGGCCAACAGCACCCAGACGUAUCCCCCCAAAGACACGGGGACCCAGACGAAAAGAGAGGGCCAAAGUAACGUCCCCCGCCCUCUGAUCUACCUGGCUGGGCUGAGAGGAAAGGAUGGCACCAGCACACGCGUGACCAAGGUCGAUUUAACCCGAGCUGCGGACCAGUAGCUGCCAUGUCCAGUUUAACGUAGCCGUCCUUCGGCCAGUCACGGAGGUCCUUUCUGUCUUUGGGUUAAACGAUUGGUCAGUGUGGAUUAUACAUUAAAAAUCAUUUCACUGCAGGAUUCAUUUCCGUGAGCGAUGUCUGUCUUUCUUUUACAUUGGUGUAAUUAUUGACAUAUGGGGACCACACCAGGCAACCACACCUGGGUGUCCAAGCCUGAAUAUAAGGGUCUUCAGAAGCAACACACCUGGGUCUUCAAACCUGAAUGUAAGGGCCUUCAGAAGCAACUCACCUGGGUCUCCAACCCUGGUCCAUCAGGUGGGAAACGUGUGCUCUGAGCAGCGAACCAAUGUGCCGGCUUUCCAUAGCAACCACUUUUACGUUCCAGAUGUUUUAAGUGCUGAGCUUCUGUUGUGUGUGUGUGUGGGGGGGGGUUUACUCAU